GGGAGGGGGUUCGAGCCUUGGCGAGCAGCCGAGGUAGACUUGAUAUAGCUGCUGACGAGUGGCUCAGGCCGUGGGGUCCGAGCGGAGCAUCUGGGACCGGAGACCCAGGAAGUGGGCGGCGGCGGAGUCUGGCAGCCCUCGUGGGCGUCAGCUAAACAGGAAAAAGAAUCACAUCUGAUUUAUAAACGUGUGGUUAAAGUUGAGUGGCAUUCUACUCUACAAAUCAUGGCACUCCCCUUCCGAAAGGACUUGGAGAAGUACAAGGAUCUUGAUGAAGAUGAACUCCUUGGUAAACUUUCAGAGACUGAAUUAAAACAGUUGGAAACUGUUCUUGAUGACCUUGACCCUGAGAAUGCACUUUUACCUGCAGGCUUCCGGCAAAAAAAUCAGACUACUAAGAAUGUCACAGGACCUUUUGACAGAGAGCAUUUGCUUUCAUACUUGGAGAAGGAAGCAUUGGAACAUAAAGAUAGGGAAGACUUUGUACCCUUCACUGGAGAAAAAAAAGGGAAAAUAUUCAUCCCUAAACAGAAACCCAUACAAUCUUAUACGGAAGAAAAAGUAUCUCUUGAUCCAGAAUUAGAAGAGGCUUUGACAAGUGCUUCUGAUACAGAAUUGUGUGACCUUGCAGCUAUCCUUGGAAUGCAUAAUUUGAUAACCAACACCCAACUCUGUGAUAUAGUAGGAAGUAAUAAUAGUUUGGGCAAAGAUGAUUUUUCAAAUGUGGUAAAAGGUGAAAAAAUCCUGCCAGUGUUCGAUGAGCCACCAAAUCCUACAAAUGUGGAGGAGAGUUUACAGAGGAUUAAGAAAAAUGAUUCUCGUCUUACUGAAGUAAACUUGAAUAAUAUAAAGAAUAUUCCAAUUCCAACCCUCAAGGAAUUUGCAAAAGCUUUGGAAAACAAUACACAUGUGACAUGUUUCAGUCUUGCAGCCACCCGGAGCAAUGACCCUGUUGCUGUUGCAUUUGCAGACAUGUUGAAAGUGAAUAAAACAUUGAAGAGCUUAAAUUUGGAGUCCAAUUUUAUUACAGGAGCUGGUGUUCAAGCACUGAUUGAUGCCUUAAAAGAAAAUGAAACCCUGGCUGAAAUCAAGAUUGAUAACCAGAGGCAGCAAUUGGGGACAGCUGUUGAAUUGGAAAUGGCCAGGAUGCUGGAGGAAAACACGAAGAUUCUUAAAUUUGGAUAUCAGUUUACACAACAGGGACCACGAACCAGAGCAGCCAAUGCUAUAACAAAAAACAAUGAUUUAGUUCGCAAGAGACGAGUUGAAGGAGAUCACCAAUAAAUUUACCAGGAUACCAACUUUGGAACACUUCAAAAGGUCACCAAGGCCUUCGUGUUGAUUUCAGAUUUAAAAUUUGCCUAGGUAGAAGGGAAAAGACUGGAAACUUCAUUCCUUUUUUUAUAUAUACUGUAUACAUAAUUUUUUCACCUUAGGAGAUGUUAGCAGCAUCAAAUUCUGUAAAAUCAAUAAUAAUCUUUUUUAUAUUUUUGGAACCUGUUUUCUGCUUUUUGCUCAAAUCAGUUUUAGUUUAGUUUAAACGUGCUUGCUUGUAAGGAAUCAUUGGAUAAAGAGGAAUCCAACUGAACUGUUACCCAAAGGAGAGAGAAAAUUGGACAAGUCAUUAAGUGGAAAGGUUAAUUCUUUUUUUUUAGAAUACUUUUUUUUUUACUGAAAAGGGACACUGCAGACAUUUGCAGUUAUUACAGUUGCCGUUACUUUUUUAGAUACCUGGCACUUAAGCUUUCAUAUGAUUAAUCUUAAAAUGUUUUCAUUUUUAAAAUGUGUGCCUGCAAUAAGCUGGUACUCUCUUUCAAGAGAGAGAAUGCCAGAACUUAGACGCACAAUACUUAAAAUGUAUCCUUUUAAAAGCAAAACCUUCUAGGAGGGGGAAAAAUAUGUUUUUGAUACAUUCCAGAGUAUAUAAAUAGCUCUCUGAUCUGAAAUGUCUUAAACAAUACAUGUUCAAAUAUAUUUCAAACAAGCCUUUUCAUGUUGCAUAAUUUCAAAAAUACAGUUAAAUCCAAGUUAAUUGUAGUUUUCUUCCAGAUAGAGUGCAGUGGACAUAUUUUCUGUAAAGACACUUCCCUCAGUGAAUGAAUGCUAGCUUCUUCUUUAAAAAACAUAUCCAACUUAUUAACUUAUUUUUGUUUAUUCAGGACAACAAAGGAAUUCCUUAUUAUUUAGUACCUCCAAAUUGCAAAUAGGACCUAUUAAUGUUUCCAUGUCAUCUAAUGGUAAAAUGUUAGUAAAUUUGAAAGAGGCAUUUUUGUGAAUUAUUUUAGAAAUUGUAUGGUAUAAUAGGAAAUAUCAGGCUAGCCAUAUAUAACUGUACAAACAGUAUUUACUCAACACUGUAAUUUUGCCAGUCAGUAAGAAAAAUUAAUUUUCUCUUUGGUAAUUGUAUUUAUUUUUCUCUUCCUACUUUGUAUUCACACUGUGUAAAAUUAACUCCACAAAUGAAAACAAGUUUUCCAAUUAUUAUAAAAGCAACCCAAAAGAACAAGCCACUUGGUUAGAUUAUCUGAUUGAUGAGAGACUCAAGAAUCAAAAUCCACACAAGAGAAUUUGCUUUUGGUUCACUUAUCUCUUGGCUGUCCUUGAAAUGAUAAAAUAGCCAAAUAUAUAGACAGAGAAAUGAGUUUAGGUAAAUCCCUAAUUCAUAAUUGAGAGUAAUGGCAUUUUUAGGGAGAAUUUCUAAAGGAAAAUACUGAAUUUUUACUCUUUUGUCUUUUUAAACUUUUUUGUUGAAUUAUAUCAUUUGCUUCUUGUAUUGGUUCUGGACUACCUAAUAAGCCAGAAAUAAUCCUUUUAAUUUAUGGACUAAGGCUUCUCUCAUCAUAAUUUUGGUGUUUAUCUUUGUCCAGGGUUUAUAGAAUCUAGAAUAGUGGAUAAUAGUCAGUUUGUCUAUUAGUUAUUUAUAGUCCUUUUAAUUAUUUUUUAGAUUAGCCAGGCUAUUCUUUAAAUCACUAGUCAUAUUUUUUAAUUGCACUAUUUAAAAGACUGCACAAUUCCAGCAAGAUUGGAAGUCAGGCAAGGAAUAGAAUAAUACUGCACUGAAAGAUAUUGAUGGUUUAUGCCUAAUGCCAUUUUAGCAAGCCUUCCUCGCUUAUGUUCACAUAUUUUAAUACAAUACAUAUGUACGUAUGUAUGUGUAAACAUAUGUAUGUCAUUAAAGCAACUUCUGAAUGUGUAGAUUCUCUCUCCAUACCCCACUUUGACUAAGGUUUAAAACAUUUAUAGGUAGAUGGUAUACAUUGACCCUACCUGGAUUUUUGUAUCAUAUUUACAGAAAUACCUUUUUUACAUUUUCUAUUUAUUAAGAGUAUUGCUGUAUUGAACAUUUUGUUAGUACCAUUCCAGUGCCAUACUGUAAUUCAAAAUUUAAUUUGGAAAAAACUGUUUCUCUUGAAUUCUCAUCAGAUUUAAAAUGUGUAUCUGUUUAAAUGUAGACUAUUUCCAUAAAAGAAUGAGUGACCAAUUUUAAAGAAAGGAACUGCUUUCUUUGCUUGUUUUCUAAAGAUCAGCAUCCCUUUAGCAGUGAUCCCAUCAUGCUCUGAAAUUUACAAUGGCUUAAUUGACCAGAUAUUUUAUUGCUACACCAAAGACAUUUUUCUCUAAAACUAAGUUUUGUAGUUCAACCAAAAACUACGUCAUCUUUUUUGUCUUUGGGUUAGUUUUUUAGAGCUUUUAUUAAAGCCUUAAAAAAAAUAAUGAACAGAUAACCUUUAUCAACUUAAAGUAACUUUUCCAUUAUAUUUGCCUAUAAUUAAUAGUAUAUAUUUUAAAACCCACCAAUAGCAGCUAGUAUGUGUAUUAAAAUGGAUGUUGGUGCUAUAUAAAUGUGUCCAAAGUUUGAUUUAGCUGUUGUAUAAAGUUAUCUAAGAAAAAAUUCAUGUUUAUUGAGUGCCUGUCAUUUAAAAGACCAACUAACAAGAAUUUUUGAGAAAAAUUAUCUUUCCAUCAUGAAAAGAUUUGUAAAUUCUUAUAAUCUAAUUCAACCUGAAAUUAUACAUUGUCUUAUAUAAUAGGUACAUUUCUGGAAAAGCUGCAUGUAAAUGUUUAUUUUUGUAAAUCAAAUUAUAUUUUCCCAUGGGUUUAAUACUUGAAUUUUGGUCAUGUGUUCCAACAAGAAAAAGGGUGGAUUGGAGGGGCUACAUAUUUUUUAAAAGUUCACCUAAAUGUAAAAAAAAAAAGAUUUUCUGAUAAUAAUGCCAUAAUCUUAUAUAAAUUUUAUUUCUGCUAUUUUACUGUAUAAACUGCAGGGUGAAACAAUUCAAAGAACUCCAGAAAACUUUUCAUUUUGGGCUUUGGCUAUUUUGAGAUCUGCCUUAUCUUUUGAAGUGAAAAUAACAUCAUUUUAAAGUAGGUACAAAUGGCAUCUUUUCCUUUGGGUUUUAUAGCCUUAUCUAUUCCUUUUAGAUUCAGAACUAUCAGGAUUUUGCUUUGAAACUUAAAAUUAGAAAGGUGUAUUUUUUGAUCCUUUCUAGUGCCCCUUUUUUGAGUCCUCCGUCAACGUUAAUUCCCAACACAGGGGCAGCCACAAUAGGAGAGAACAGUGAAAUGUCAGAAACAACUCUUGUUACUUCUCUAGUGUUUAUUUUGAGUGCUAAAGUUUAAAAAUUCACCUUAACUUUGUUUCCUCCAGCAUCUAUCAAGUAGAUUCAAAUCACUAAUUUGUUUCUUCUGAUUUGUCAGAACAAUCAGAGCUCUGUUAACAGACCCCUAAUGAGAAAGUUAAAGGAAUCUUACGGAUUUUUUUUUAAUAUAGUAUUUAAAAAAAAAAAAAAACCCUUUUUUUUACUGUGAAUAAUUUCAUUAUCUUAGAUUUUGUAUGCUGGAGAUUUAGAGUUACAUUCUAAUCCAAAACUUUCCUAUGCUAGAAAUGAUCUCCUGUGUUUGUUAAAUUAAAUAAUGUAAAACCUUUCUAAUUCAGUGAAAAUUAGAAAACUUGGGGGCUUAUAAUAAAACUUUCUAUGAAAUCUCAUUCAUUUGGAUUUCACUUAAUGGGGACUUGUGGCAAUAUAGGUGACACAGCUUAGUCCUCAUUGAAGAAAAGUUUUGACAAACAUUUGAUAAAUCUGAGGAAGAUUGGAAAGGGAAAGAUUUAAUCUAAAAACACUAAUGAUAUUCAAAUAUGAUGACAUAUUACUUUUAAGACAUUAACCUAAUAUUGCACUUCUCUAGCAUUAGAUCAUCCUAUAUAUUACCCUAGUUACUGAAUAUUUGAAGCUGACUCCCCAAAAAUCUUAUUUCUUUAAAAACUUCUUGUUCAGACCUUCCAUCUUUAAUCCUAAUAGGAUUUUACAAAAUCAAAAAAACCCUACUCUCCAAGUGGGAAGGAGGAGGCCGCAAUACACCACUUAGCAGAAACUUCUUUUAUAAACAUUCCUAAAAUGUAGUCUGUUUUCUUCUUGAAGACUCCCAGUAACUGAGGAGCUAUUUCUGAGACAACAUGCCAUGUAUGUAUAUAUUUUUAAUAACAGCUUUUAAUUUUUUCAAAAUACAUAGUUUUCACUAUUCACCCUUGCAAAACCUUGUGUUCCAAAUUUUUCUUCUACCCUCCCUCUGUCCCCCCCCUUCCCCUAGACAGCAGGUAAUCCAGUAUAGGUUAAACUUGUAUGGUUCUAAAGUAUUUCCACAUUUAUCAUCAUACUGUGUUUUUUGGAGAGCUCUAAUUGUUAGAACAUUUUGCCUUAUGCCAAAUAUGCAUUUCUACCUCUUUAUGCCUAGUUUUGUGCUCUGGGACUAAUCAGAGGAAAUCCAGUCUCUUUGAUCGGAGCAGUUCUUAGGGGACAGAAGGCCUGUCUUCUCUGAGCUGUAGUAGAAAGAGUACUGGUUUUCUAGCCAGCAGACCUGGAUUCAUAUCACGGCUCUGCUCCCCCUUGGGAUGUCACGGAAUAACUUCCAUGACCUCAGUUUCCUCUUCUGUAAAACAUAGAUGGUCUUACAGUCCUAAAUCUGAGCCUUCUCUUCUUCAGGCUAAAUUCACAUGGUUUCCGGUCCCCUGAUCUUCCUUGGUAACCUUGCUCUCUUUAGCUUGUCAGUGCCCGUAGUAUUUGUAGGGGUUCUCACCACUAUAAAGUGAAGUAAACCACUGCCCAUCUCCCCACUGCUUAACACUGUACUUGAAUACAGUUAAUACAGCCUAAAACUGCAUUGGGUUAUUUGGCUGCCAUAUUGAGACCUUGGUCUUCAAAGGAAUUACAAUUGCAUUUAAGCAAAUUUUUUUUAAGCCAAGUUUGGUCAUAACAUUUAUCUUUGUCAUUCUUAGUAAACCUCACCUGUUUUCUAGCCUGCCAAGAACUUUGUGAAUCCUUACGUGUAUAUAUUCUAUAGCUAUAAUCAGGUCAUUGAUUAAAAUCUUAAACUCUAUGUACUUUUCAAUCAGUCUGAUGUGAUGUUUCCUAAAUGGCCCUGAAUUUCCUUCUCAUGGAGAACUAUCAACCUCUGUAAGGACAUGCCAACAGGAUGGUGUAUAUAAAAGCUUAUAUUGUAGCUGCUUGUUCAGUACAUAUGACCAGCAACUUUUAUGAGCUUUAAAAUUCACUUCAACUUUUAAUGUGAAAAGAAAAAUAAUUCUUAAUUCAUUGACUUCACUCUGAGAUGUAGACUUAGAAUUUGGAAUAUAAAGGAGUCCAUCUGGGCUUAUCAGUAAUAAUUUUUUUUAAGCCCUGCUUAUGCUUUUGCCAUCUGCAAUAAUUCAUAUAUAGGAAGGACAUACUUAUGUAUGGAUUUUUUUAAACACUUGGGUCUGUCACAUUAAAAGGCAAAUGGGUACAAAUAAAGAGUUUCAAGUCCAAAAUGAAAAUUAUUCUACUUCUAAAAAGAAGAGUGGGAAUGGGCUUCACAAUAUUGAAACUUGAGUAUAAAUUGGGAAUCUGAGAUCAGUUAAAUUUGAGGAAACAUGUAAUAAGUACUGCAAGUAUUUGGAACAAUUGUAUUAAUAUGUUUUUUAAAGGAAUUCAAUAAAGUUUGUAAAAUGUU